GGUGUCACCCCUCCUGUAAAACCUGCACCAGUGGAGGUCCUUCUGCCUGUUCUUCCUGCAACUCCAGCCUGGUUCUGUCCCACACCAGCACCUGUGUGCCAGUCUGUUCCCUGGGGUACUACAGGGACGACAGACAGACCUGCAGACCCUGCAGCAGGCAGUGCCGGAGCUGCGACUCGGCUGCGAGCUGUACGUCCUGCAGAGACCCAGCUAAGGUGCUGCUCUUUGGAGAGUGCCAGUAUGAGAGCUGUGCUCAGCAGUAUUACCUGGAUUUUGCCAGCAGGACUUGCAAAGAGUGUGACUGGAGCUGCAAUGCCUGCAAAGGGCCCCACAGGACUGACUGCCUGCAGUGCAUGGAUGGCUACGUUCUCCAGGACGGAGCUUGUGUGGAACAGUGUCCUGCAGCUUUCUACCCGGAGUCAGACACGUGCCAGCGAUGUGAUCCACCCUGCCUGCAGUGCCACCAAGCAGACCAGUGCAGCCUUUGCCCAGCCCCAUUUUUCCUCCUGGACACUCAGUGUGUUCCCAAAUGUGGGGAGAGAUAUUAUGCAGAUCAGACGCAGCAGAAGUGCACAGCUUGCCCUCCUGGGUGCUUGGAGUGUGACAGUGACAGCCUGUGCCAGCUCUGUGACAGCACCACGUUCCUGAAGAACCAGCUGUGUGUUUCUGCCUGUGGCCAGGGCUUUUAUGGCAACACAAGGACCAGAGAGUGUCAAGAAGCCAGCAAGCGUCCUGCGAGCAGCACCCUCACAGUAGGGAUUGGCAGGGUGACACCCCUAGACCUCUCCUUGCUGGGUGUGUGUGAUCCUGAUGGUGACACGGGCCAGCUCCUGUUCCAUGUGGACAGCAUUCCCUCCAAUGGCAGGCUGGUGCAGGGCGUGGAGGGGCAGGAGGUGCCCCUGAGCAGAGGUGACCACUUCAGCUGCAGGGACGUGCAGGAGAGGAGGGUUCGCUUCCAGCACAGCAAAGGCAAACCCAGGAAAGGACAGUUUUCCCUGAAGGUCAGUGAUCAGCAAUCCUUCUCCCACCCUGAGGUGAUCCACAUCGAAGCGUUUUCCACACAGGCCCCAUAUGUGUUCAGGAACAAGCCCCUCUUCGUCCACAGAGGGGAAACUGGGACGAUAACAGAGCUGUUACUUGGUGUGAGGGACAGUGACAAUCCUCAGGAUGUUGUGCUGAUGGUUUUGGAGCCUCCACGUCAUGGGCAGCUGCUCAGACCUCCUGGGGACUCAGCAUCUCCCAUCCACACGUUCCACCUGGAUGACCUUGUGGGUGGACAGCUCCGUUACGCUCACGAUGGCUCUGACACACAGGAUGAUGUGGUUCUUCUGCAAGUCAAUGAUGGGUACCACUUCCAGAACAUCCUCUUCCACAUCAAGGUUGCUCCCAAGAGUACCAGGAGCCCUCGGCUGGUGACCAAUUCCCUGGUGUGGGUGCCCCAGGGAGGAAUGCUCCAGAUCUCCAGGACAAUUCUGCAUGCUGAGCUGCCUGGAGCCAAGGACUCUGAGAUCACCUACACCAUCACCAAGGACCAGCCCAGACAUGGGGAAGUGGUGCUCCUGGUCCCGAUGCCUGCGGAUGGCCCAGCAGGCUCCUGGCAGCUCUUACCUGAUGGAAGAGCAGCCUCACCUACAGCCUCCUUCACCCAGCAGGACAUCAAUGAAGGCAUUGUGUGGUACAGGCACUCUGGAGCUGAGGUGGAGAGUGACUCCUUCCAAUUCCAGGUGUCCAGCUCUGCCAGUCCACACAGCAGCUUGGAGAGCCACGUGUUCAACGUUGCUGUGCUGCCCCAGACACCCAAAGCACCUCAGCUUUCCCUUGGCUCCUCCUUGCACAUGGCUGUGCUGGAGGACCGUGUGACAGUGAUUGAGCCCCAUCACCUCUCCUUUGUAGACCCGGAGAUUCCCAGUGAGAACAUCCUGUUCAACGUGACUGUCCCUCUCCUUCCUGGCCAAGGUAUCGUGGAGCACAGAGACAAGCCUCUCUCCCCAGUCAGGUAUUUCUCCCAGGCAGAUAUAAACCAUGGCAAGAUUGCGUAUCGUCCGCCCACCGCAGCUCCUCACCUCAGAGAGAUCAUCGCCUUCUCCUUCGCAGGUCUCCCAGAGUCCGUGAACUUCCGAUUCACAGUGUCUGGUGGAGAGCACACAACCCCAGAGAUGGUGUUUGUCAUCCACCUGCUCUCUGCAGAGCAGCAGCCUCCGGUGUUCCAGAUCUCAGCUCCGUUCCUGGAGGUCAGCCAGGGGGGCAGAGCCACCAUUGGGAUCCAGUUGGCUGUGAGCGACACGGAUACAGCUCCUGAGGGUCUUUUCUUUGAGCUGGUGAAACCUCCCCAUCAUGGCAUUGUGCUCAAGUACAGCUCAGGUGUGCAGGAGCUCAUGAGAGCAGGUGACACCUUCACUUACGAGGACGUCACUCGAAGUGCUCUGCAGUACGUGCACGAUGGCUCAGCAGCAGCAGAGGACAGCAUGGAAAUCUCUGUCACCGAUGGUGUCACCACAGUCACCACAGUGCUGAGGGUGGAAGUGUCCCAGUUGGACAGCAAUGGCCCUCAGCUGGCCCCAGGCUGCUUGUUGGCCAUCACUGUGGCCAGUAAAAGCUCUGUGACUCUCUCUCGACUGCACCUUGCUUACACUGACAACAAUUCUCCUGACUCAGAGAUCAGAAUCCAGCUGAUAUCUCUGCCUGCAUAUGGAACCCUCUUCAGGAUGUCAGGCUCCCAUGAUGAAGAGCUUUCCAAGGUCUAUAAUUUCACCAUGGAAGACAUCAACAGCCAGAGGAUCAGCUACUCCACCACGUUUGAGACCAGCAAUCAGCCAGUCACAGACGUCUUCCACUUCGCGGUGUUUGAUGCUGACAACAACCGCCUGGACAGGCAGAUGUUCACCAUCACCAUCACAUCUGCCCAGACACUGCCAUCACUCAUUGCUUUUGCUGACCAUAUCACUGUGGAUGAAGGGGGCAGGGUCCCACUGCUGGCUCAUCACCACUUCACUGCUGAUUAUGAUACUGCUGCCAAGGAAGACCUGAGGGUCACAGUUGUCACUCUGCCUAUCUAUGGCUACAUUGAAAACACAAAGACAGGUGAGAGUUUUGGCCCACAGAGUGAAUCUGCAGGGACUGCAGACACAUCCUUUUUCCUUCAAGAUGUUCUGGAGAACAGCAUUUACUACUUCCAGAGUGUCCAUGAAAGCAUUGAGCCCACGAGUGAUGUGUUCAGCUUUUAUGUGAGCGAUGGUUUCAGCCAGUCAGAGGUGCAGAGCAUCAACAUCACAAUCCAGCGCCAGAAUGAUGAGCCCCCGAAGAUGGUGCUGGAGCCUGUCCGAGUGCAGGAGGGCUCAGGUGUGGUGGUUACCAACUCCUCCCUCAGCCUGCACGACCUGGACACCCAGAACAGUGAGCUGGUCAUCGUGGUGAGCAAAAGUCCUGAGCAUGGUCAGCUCCGCAGGAGACAGACAGCAGCUGAGCCCCCUGAGCUUGGACAUGUGCUGUCCAGGGGCUCAUCCUUCACCUACCAGGACAUUUUGGAUGAGUUGAUCGUUUAUACUCGGAGCAGUGCAGCAGCACAAACAGAUGAGUUUGGCUUCUCCAUCACAGAUGGCCUCUACACCCAGGUGGGGAGGCUGAAGUUCUCCAUGGAGCUGCCGAAGCAGCAGCCACCCACGUUAGCUGUCAACAGGGACCUGCAGCUCCCAGCUGGCUCUGCAGCUCCACUCACGGCUCAGCACCUGAAGGCAGCAGCUGUUCAUUCAGGGGACACAACCAUUCGGUUUGUCAUGAAGAGGGAUCCCAGCAUGGGCCACCUGCAGCUGGCCAAAACUGAUCAUCCAGUCCAGAUCUCUACCAAGGCACCUGUCAAAAGUUUCACGCAGGCUGAUAUCAACCAAGGGCGAGUGGUGUACAGCCACAAGAAAGGGGAUCCUGCUGGAAAUUUCGCCUUCACCUUUGAUGUGGUCGAUGCAGAUGGAAACAAACUGACAGACCAGGUCUUUUAUAUCCAUGUAUUAGAGGACAGAUUUCCCCCCUCCAUCAUCACCAACAAGGGGCUGGUGUUGGAUGAGAACUCAGCAAAGGUGAUCACCACUCUCCAGCUCUCAGCCACUGACCAGGACAGUGAGCCCACCCAGCUCCAGUACAAGGUCACCAGGCAGCCACAGCUGGGCCACCUGGAGCACGUGGCCUCCCCAGGGAUGAGAAUUAAUUCCUUCAGCCAGGCAGACUUGGCCUCUCGCAGCAUCCAGUAUGUCCACACCAGUGACAUGGAAAAGCACACAGAUGCCUUCACCUUUUCUGUGUCUGAUGGGACAAAUGAGGUGAGCCAGACCUUUGACAUCACCAUAAACCCCGUGGAUGACUCCUUACCCAUAGUGCAAAGCCUUGGGAUGACAGUUCAGGAAGGGGUGAGGAAAACCAUCACCGAGUUUGAGCUUAAAGCAACAGAUGCUGACACAGAGGUGGAGUCAAUCACGUUCACAGUGGUGCAGCCGCCCCGGCACGGCCUGAUCGAACGCACCAGCAACGGGCAGCGCCACCACCAAGCCACCACCUUCACCAUGGAGGACAUCUACCAGAACCGCAUCAGCUACAGCCACGACGGCAGCAACUCGCUCCGGGACCGCUUCACCUUCACCCUGUCCGACGGGAACAGCCCCUUCUUCCUCGUGGAGGAGGGUGGGAAGAGGGUCAUGACAGCAGCACCACAGCGUUUCCAAGUGAACAUUCUGCCUGUGGAUGAUGGGACACCCAGGGUUGUCACCAACCUGGGCUUGCAGUGGCUGGAGAACACGGAUGGCAAGGCAACCAAUCUCAUCACUAAGAAGGAAUUACUGACAACAGAUCCUGACACAGAUGACAGACAGCUGAUCUAUGAGAUAACAACUGGGCCCAGAAAUGGCCAUGUGGAGAACAAGAUGAACCCAGGGACAGCUGUGACCACCUUUACGCAGGAGGAUGUGAACCAGGGCCUCAUUCGGUAUGUGAUGCAUGAGGAGAAAAUUCAGGAGACCAUGGACAGCUUUCAGUUCCUAGUGAAGGACAGCAAACCCAACGUGGUCAGUGGCAACAUCUUCCACAUCCAGUGGUCUCUCCUCAGCUUUACACAGACCAGCUACAAGGUCAGAGAGAGUGUGGGCUCUGUGAGCGUCACGGUGAGGAGGGUCGGGAACCUCAACCAGUACUCCAUCGUGCUGUGCCGCACGGAGCAGGGAACGGCCACCGCCGGCUCCGCAACACAGCCAGGAGAGCAGGACUACGUGGAGUACGCGGGGCAGGUGCAGUUUGAGGAGCGAGAGGACACCAAGGCCUGCACCAUCGUGGUUAACGAUGACGACGUGUUCGAGCGCACGGAGAGCUUCGUGGUGGAGCUCAGCAUGCCGGCGUACGCGCUGCUGGGCAACGUCACCCGCGCCACCGUCGCCAUCGCCGACCCCGAGGACGAGCCCACGCUGCAGUUUGACAGGAGGACCUUCCACAUCCAGGAGAGUGCUGGCUUUCUCUCAGCUCCUGUUGAGAGGAGAGGGGACCCCAGCAGCACUGUGUCUGCCAUCUGCUACACGGUCCCCAAGUCAGCGCGGGGGAGCAGCCUGUUCACGCUGGAAUCCGGAUCCGACUUCAAGUCCCGGGGCCUGGCGGACGAGAACCGCGUCGUGUUCGGGCCUGGAGUCACCCUGAUGACCUGUGAUGUCAUGCUGGUCGAUGACAGUGAAUACGAAGGGGAGGAGGAGUUUGAGGUCGUGCUGGCCGAUGCCUCAGACAACGCCCGCAUCGGCAGGCGCGCCCCGGUCAUCGGCGGGCCCAACGCCGCCUCCACCGUGUUCCUGGGCAACGCCACCUUCACCGUCAGCGAGGCUGCAGGAAACAUUGAGAUCCCAGUGCUCCGGCAGGGACCCGACCUCUCAGCCCCCACCUCGGUGUGGUGUGCCACUCGCACAUCAGACCCUCCCUCUGCCAGCCCAGGGGUCGAUUACGUCCCCAGCUCCAGGAAAAUUGAGUUCAGGCCAGGCAAGACAGAAGAGUUCUGCCCCCUGACAAUCCUGGAUGAUGCACAGUACCCAGUGAUAGAAGGGCUGGAGACAUUUGUUGUUUAUCUCAGCUCACCCCACGGGGCUGAGCUGGCAAAGCCAUUCCAAGCUAUCGUGGCCAUUAACGACAUCUUCCAAGAUGUGCCCAGCAUGCAGUUCACCAAGGACACGUACACAGCCAAGGAGAAGGAGGGGACCCUGCACAUCCCCAUCUUCCGCACGGGGGACCUGAGCUAUGAGUCCUCUGUCAGGUGCUACACUCAGAGCCAGACAGCACAGGUCAUGGAGGACUUUGUGGAGAGGGGGAAUGCGGAGGAGUCUCGCAUCACCUUCUUGAAAGGGGAGAAGGUGAAGAACUGCAGUGUUCACAUCAGUGAUGACUCUGCCUUUGAACCAGAAGAGCAGUUCCAGGUCUAUCUUGGUAGCCCACUUGGAAACCACUGGAGUGGAGCUAGGAUUGGGAAGAUGGACAUGGCAACGAUAACUGUCACCAAUGAUGAAGAUGCACCCACCAUCGAGUUCGAGGCGGCGGCGUACCAGGUGCGGGAGCCCCCGGGCCCGGAGGGUGUAGCUGUGCUGAACAUCAAGGUGGUGAGGAGAGGGGACCAGAACAGAACCUCCAAGGUGCGCUGCAGCACCCGCGACGGCUCGGCGCAGGCCGGGCUGGACUACUACCCCAAGAGCAGAAUGCUCAAAUUCAGCCCAGGUGUGACCCACAUCGUGUUUAAGGUGGAGAUCAUGUCCAACGAAGACCGGGAAUGGCACGAGUCCUUUUCUCUGGUGCUGGGCCCGGAUGAUCCGGUGGAAGCAGUUCUGGGAGACACCAGCACUGCCACAGUGACUAUCCUGGACCAGGAGGCAGCAGGGAGCCUCAUUCUGCCAGCACCUCCCGUGGUGGUCACCCUGGCUGACUACGACCGUGUGGAAGAAGUGGCCAAGGACGGUGCUAAGAAAUCCCCUUCCCCAGGCUACCCCCUCAUCUGUGUCACCCCCUGUGACCCUCACUUCCCCAAGUACCCCGUCACGAGGGAGCGCUGCAGCGAGGCUGGCAUCAACCAGUCUUCCAUCCAGUUCAGCUGGGAAGUAGCAACCCCCACGGAUGGCAACGGAGCCAGGUCACCUUUUGAGACCAUCACUGACAACACCCCAUUCACCAGUGUCAACCACAAGGUGCUGGACAGCAUUUACUUCAGCCGGCGCUUCCACGUGCGCUGCGUGGCCAAGGCUGUGGACAAGGCUGGCCAUGUGGGGACCCCCCUGAGGAGCAAUGUGGUGACCAUAGGCACAGACAGUGCUAUCUGUCACACCCCUGUGGUGGCAGGGACAGCCCGAGGCUUCCAGGCACAGUCCUUCAUUGCCACGCUCAAGUACCUGGAUGUCAAGCACAAGGAGCAUCCCAACAGGAUCCACAUCUCGGUGCAGAUUCCCCACCAGGAUGGCAUGCUGCCCCUCAUCUCCACCCUGCCCCUGCACAACCUGCACUUCCUGCUCUCUGAGUCCAUUUACAGGCACCAGCAUGUCUGCUCCAACCUGGUCACCAUCAGGGACCUCAGAGGCCUCUCAGAGACAGGGUUCCUGGACCAAGUGCCCCAGGACAGCAUGGUCCUGGGCCCGGGCUACGACCGCCCCUACCAGCUGGACCCUGCCGUGAGGGAGCCGAAGACGAUCCAGCUCUACCAGCACCUCAACCUCAAGAGCUGCAUCUGGACCUUUGAUGCUUACUACGACAUGACUGAAUUAAUUGAUGUCUGUGGAGGCUCUGUCACUGCUGACUUCCAGGUACGAGACUCUGCCCAGUCCUUCCUGACAGUCCACGUCCCUCUCUACGUGUCCUACAUCUACGUGACGGCGCCAAGAGGUUGGGCUUCCCUGGAGCAUCACACAGAGAUGGAGUUCUCCUUCUUCUACGACACAGUUCUCUGGAGGACAGGGAUCCAGACGGACAGCGUGCUCUCCGCGCGCCUGCAGAUCAUCAGGAUCUACAUCCGCGACGACGGACGCCUGGUCAUCGAGUUCAAGACACAGGCCAAGUUCAGAGGGCUCUUCGUCAUGGAGCACCACAGCCUGCCAGAUGUCAAGUCUUUCUUAAUGACUCCAGAGCACCUGGGAGGGAUUGAGUUUGACCUGCAGCUCCUGUGGAGUGCUCAGACUUUCGACUCGCCCUACCAGCUCUGGAGC